AUGAACCGGUCGAGCCGGAAGCUGGUCAAGGCCGCGGCCGCAGGAGCCUUCGCCGACCUCGCGGCGACGGUUCGCACCUCGGACGAGAUAAGCGACGUGGACGAGAGCUCCGACUUUGAGGUGUCAAGCGUGCUCGAGCGCCGGGCGCCGCCGAGCCGUUCGACGCGCUACAAGCCACCGCGGCCGGUCAAGCCGGACGCUGACGAGACGCGCUGCAUCGACGUGGCCAUCUGUGGUCGGGCGUGGGGCGAGUGCACGAUCGUGCUGCAUGAAGACCGGCGCGAACUCGGGGUCCAAGCGGUCGUCCGAAGCCAGUCCCGGCUCGCGAUGCCCAAGACGCCCGCCGACCUCAAGACGGAGUACGUGCCCUUUGGCGACAUGCGCGCGAUCCGGGUCCUCGAUGCGAAGCUUCUCGUCGUGCUCGACCUGCCCGCCACGUCCCGUCUCUGCAUUGGCAACGACGACAACCACAUCGUGCUCAUGUUUGCAGACGAUCUCGGAUACCUUCUCGUGCGCGGGUCUCUCGAGCGACAGCUCGGCCGGCAAUCCCAUCCGAUCGCCGCCGAAGACGUGCCUGGUUACCUCGGCCAUUUCCAUCGCAAGGGCCCUGCGACGCGCCACGGCAAGCGCAAGUCAUUGUUUGAUCCUGCUCCGACGGAGCGAGCGACGCGACCGGCGCCGGCGCUGGACUUUCUCGACAACAAGGAUGCGUUGUCGAGCUUUGGUACGAACGCGACGAUCGAGAUCCACGAGCCCGGGUCGCCGGCGGGCCGCGGCGUCGGGUCACGGACGCGGUCCGAGCUCAAGAAGCGCGACGACGGCAAGACGCAGGCGGCGAAAGACCGGGUCGUCGUGCGGUACCCGCUUCAGUCGCACAGCAAGUCGCGUAUUGUGCUCACGGAAGGCGACAUUGACCGUCUCCAGCCGGGCGAGUUUCUCAACGACAACCUGAUUGACUUUUUCUUCAAGUGUGUUUUGCCACGCCCAGAUGGACAAGGCGGCGAGAGCGACGACGCAUUUCUUCUCAACGCACUUUACUCGGAAGUCGCCAAGGUCGAGGACGGGUCGUUUGCCAAAGUCAACCGCUGGACGCGAGCGACGCCGCUCUUUGAGAAACGCUUCCUCUUCGUGCCCAUCAACGACAACUGCCACUGGAGCCUCGCCGUGAUCUGCCACCCGUCCGGCCUCAUCAAGACAAAACCACAGCCCGUUGUAUUGGACGUUGACGACGACGACGACGAUGAGAUUGUGGCCGAGAGUCAGGACCCAGAGACGGCGGCAGCACCCGCCAAAAUGGAUGUAGGACAAGCUGUGCCGUCCGAGCCCAGCAACGUGCCCUGCAUUCUGUACUUUGACUCGCUCAAGUGCCACAACAAGACCAAGAUCACCGCCAACCUUCGCCGGUACCGCCGACCUUUUGCCAACGAAUCGUCGGCUUGCACGUCUUUCCGUAGGUUUCUCGAGAGCGAGUACGCGUCGCGCUUUCCCAACGACCCCAACACGGUCUUUGAUGCGUCCGACGCCGUCUUUGUCGAGCCAGAGGUGCCACGGCAGAGCAACAGCUGCGACUGCGGCGUAUACCUCUUGCUGUACGCGCUCCAAGUGCUGCAGCAGUUUCCGGACGGCAUCUUCCUCAAGCACGUGGCCGCGGCGUGCGACCCGCAGUUGACGCCGACCAUGUUUGACACGGACGCCGUCACGGAGCAUCGGGACUACAUGCACCAGGUUCUGCUGUCGCUCUCCGCCUUCCAGCACCGCCGCAUCCACGACUCGUCGGCGCAGCUGGCGCGGGAAGGCCUCACGCUAUUUACCGACCCCACGCCCCAAAAGAAACACAACGAGUAUGUCGUGUAG